CCCCAGGAGCUGGCUUUCUUUCUUUUUCUAAUCAUACUUGAUUUUAAUAGUAGAAUUUCUAAGAUCAUCUGAGGUCCAAUAAUGUGUUUUUAGAUGUUUGUGAAUUUAUGUGUCAAGAGAAAUGUAGCAUUUUAAUCUUAUCAAAAACAAAAGCACCCCAGCUGUUUCUAUGGGUUCGUUGUUCCUGAUUGUUACAGUUCCCUUGCAUUUGUUGCAGAUCUCCAAAUGUGUCACAGUGCAACAGAAAAGCCCUGAUCCACAGGUGGAUGUGCCAAUCAUGGAGGAGGGAUCUAUCGCUACAGCUGUUGAUCCAUCUGCUGUCACGACGAUACAGUCAGCAGCCACAUAUUCUACCGAACAACCAAUAAAAUACGUUUUCAAAACGGAGGGAAAUACCGGACAGGUGACCUAUCGAGUAAUCCAUGUAGCUGAUGGGCAAAUGGAAGCCCAGGCAGAUGGAACUGCAGCUGUUAGUGUUGUGACUGGCUUCCCUGCAGCAAUGCAGGAUGGAACACCCCCAAUAACACGGGCUGUGUACUCUCAGGCUGAGGGUCUGGAUACUGAGGCCACGGAGGGUCACUACUAUUACCCAUCCACAAUCAGUGAUACUGCUCCAGCCACCAUAGUAACCAAUGUCCAUGCGGCAGAUUCUCUGCUGGCGCAGCCUACUUCUGCAGGCCAACUCUAUGUAAUGAUGUCACCACAGGAUGUUUUGAGCACAACCAAUCAGAGUAAGGCAGAGACUCCUUGCUCUUCAAGAGAUGACAAGAGGAGAGCACAGCAUAAUGAAGUUGAACGUAGACGCAGGGACAAAAUAAACAACUGGAUCGUCCAGCUGUCUAAAACAAUCCCUGACUGUACUUUAGACUCAACUAAAUCUAACCAGAGUAAAGGUGGGAUCCUGUCCAAAGCCUGUGAUUACAUUCAGGAGUUACGCCAAAGCAAUUCCCGAUUAUCAGAGGAGCUGGAAACGCUGGAGAGACUAAAGUUGGACAACCAGCUUCUCAGACAAGAGGUGGAAGACUGGAAAUCUAAGAAUCAAAUGCUUCGAAACCAGCUGAGGCAUCAUGGUAUCGUCACCGCGUCGAGUAUGGACCCUCAGUGAAGCCCUGCACCUAUUGGAUCGUGCCUCCCGCAACAGACUUCUAAUGAAUUACGCUAAAGCAGCCCUGCUCUCAGCAUUUUUUUAAAGAACACUCUUUAGAGGUUGUCUGGCAGAUUGGUUUUGGACUUGAUUUUUAAGUCUAAUUUGCCUUAUGGCUGAUAAUGUUGGGUAACGCUAUGAAUUAUAGAGAAGGUAAUUGAUUUUAGAGGAGCUUGUAAAAGCUCUGUUUUCCUGUGUGUUCCUCAGAGUAAAUGAAUAAUGGACAGAUAUAGCACAGGUAUACAUAUCACUGCACUAAAAGUUGUUGGGUUUUUUUUUUUUUUGAGCAAGAUCAUUACUGUCUAAAGAGUAAUUUUAUUUUUUGUCUUAUGAGAUGAUCAGUAUGUAAAUGGGAAAUGAAGCUCAUUUUAUGACCUGAAUCAAAAUUAAAAGCCAAUACAUUUGUGCUACUAAGUUACAGGAAUUUGCCAUGCCUCUCAGCAUGUACAGGAGAUUUACAUUGCUGGUUAGUGAGGUAAUUAAAAUCAUUGUACUGGUUAACAGGGUCAAAUUUCCUUAAUUUUCUAUUCUAAACAUUGACUUGCGUAAAAUAUAACCCCUAUCAGAGUCAGGAAAAUAUUCUUUAAAAUGUUUGAUAGCUCUUUAACAUGUACAUAUGCUGUUGAGUCAUAUGGGAUAGUUUACCCUCACUAUAUAUGUCUCUUAUUUGUUUUGGCAAUAUACUGUGUAUUGCCAUAUGUUUAGUGAACAUAGGCUUUGGAGAAGAAAGAAUCCAGGGAUUUCUAUAUCUCAAACUCUCUCUUAAUUUUUAGUAACGUACCAAUGUUAUUUGUACCAAAUUUCCUAGGUUUGUAUUAAAAGAAAUAAAAUGUUUUGUAUUAAAAUA